GGCAACUGGCUGACUUUGCUGGGCUCGGACAAACCAUCAGCGGUUACAAGCAUGCAGACCGGAACAGACCAAGAGUAGACCAUGCAACCGAAAACGACCGUCGCCACGUCCACGUAGGCAGCCAGGAACUGGAACACCAGGGAACACCCCGGCCACCAAGCGUUUGCGCGGAGGCUUUCCACGCGAAGGCGUUGUCACGAUGUCAGCCAUCCUUGUGUGCCAGCUCACCGAAACCUACCGCAAUCCGCUCAUGCACUGUAUACGCUCUCGUCUUCACGACUCGCAUUACAGCUGGAAUCGCCUGGAUUGUAUAGCGUCUUCUGGGUGGGUCACCGGGCCAAUACAGAGUCGACGAAGACGGGCUCAGAGCACGCGGUCGUGUCGACAGUCUGGGGAGCGGGGACCUGGGCGGUAGAAGUCAUCCGUCUGCGUGUGCCCAACUCUGCAUGCGGCUGCACUGCGCUUCCUUGGCGAGCUGACUAGUCCCAUCAUCGUUGCGCAUGGACGUGCUCAAGAGGACGGGACUACAAAUAGCCCGCGAGGGAAGAUGUCGAGAUCAGCAUCAUUAAGCCCUCCCUGAGCUCCCCUCCCUCCUUUCGUCAAGUCUCGAUUCACCGCCCCGCCUGUCCGCCCGUGUCGAUAACCUGUUAACAUGCGCGCCUUCCCCCUGAUCUUCCUUCUCUCCGCCGCGGGCGCCGCCCUCGGCGCGCCCUCUAGCGUGAAGCGCGACGGGUCGGUCGCAGUCGGAUGGUACGCGAACUACCACAGCAGCGACUUCCCGCUGUCGAGCGUGUCGUGGAGCAAGUACACGACGCUCAACUACUUUUCCGUCCCGACGGGAGACAGCGGCGCGAUCACACUUUCAUCCGACGACCAGACGCUGCUCCCGCAGUUCGUGCAACAGGCGCACCAGAACAACGUCAAGGCGGUGCUCACCAUCGGCGGAUACUCGGGCUCGCAGUUCUUCUCGCAGGACUGCGCGACGGACGCGGGGCGCACGCAGUUCGCGCAGAGCAUCAUGGCGCUCGUGAAGCAGUACAGCCUCGACGGAAUCGACUUUGACUGGGAGUUCCCGGGACAGCAAGGCGCGUCGGGCAACACGGAGUCGCCGCAGGACAGCGCCAACUUUUUGCUGUUCCUCCAGACACUCCGCCAGCAGGAUGGUGCGAGCGAUAUCACGCUCUCGGCCGCUGUGUCGGACACGCCUUUCGUGGACGCCAACGGGGCGCCGCUGACUGACGUCUCUGGCUUUGCAAAGGUCUUUGACUAUGUCGAAAUCAUGAACUACGACGCCUUCGGCCCCGCAUACACCAAAGUCUUCGGCCCGAACGCGCCUCUGGACGACUCGUGCGCGCCCUCUGGCGACCAGCGCGGGUCCGCCAAAACAGCCGUCGGACUCUGGACGGGCGCCGGGUUCCCCGCGGGGCAGCUCGUGCUCGGCGUGCCCGCGUACGGGUACGGGUACACGGCGACGCAGACGCAGGCGACGGGGUCCGCGUCGGGGACGACGAUCGUGCCGUUCGGUGCGUACAACGGGAUCGCGCCGGGGGACACGUACGGCGGGGCGGACCCGAGUUCGGGGGUGUAUGAGUUCUUCGGGAUGGUGGAUUCGAAGUUUUUGAACGAUGAUGGGAGCGUGGCGAGUGGGAUGGUUAGCACGUUUGAUGAUUGUUCGCAGACGCCGUAUGUGUAUGAUCCGAGCCAGCAGAUUCUGGUCGCGUACGAAAACGCGCAGUCGUUCGAGGCCAAGGGCAGCUAUGUCAAGUCGGCGGGUCUCAAGGGAUUCUCGAUCUACGAGGUCGCAGGCGACCACAAUGAUAUCCUCCUGGAUGCCAUCCGCGGUGGCGCGGGCUUCUAAAUUAUGCGACGAUAACAUCGCCGUGUUUGUUUGGCGCAUCGCUGUUGCGUUGGGCCAGAGGGUUGAACGGGAAGUUGGAAGUUAUUAUAGCUAUCUUUAUUGCAUUCAUUCAUUUCGUGUUCGGCUUCGGGAAGGAGGGUGAAAUGAUUAACUUAAA